CUUUCAGCUGCGCGUGCACGCACUCGUCCAAUCGGAGCGCUCGACACUGACUUCAGCGACUCUCCUCAGAGCAGAAGAUCAUGCGUGCAGCUGAUGCUGAUGAUCAGAGUGAAUAAAUCAGAAACAUGAUCCGUAUCGCUGCGCUGAAUGCGGCGUCUCAGGCUGCGGAUGAGCAUGAAGACUCCUUCAGAAGCACUAAGCCAAGUCAAACAAAGGAAGCCCAGGAAGCGGAAGCGUUUGCGCUGUAUCAUAAAGCUCUUGAUCUGCAGAAACAUGACAAGAUUGACGAGUCUGCCAAAGCCUACCAUGAGCUCCUCAAGACCCCACUGCUCAAGGAGGCAGUGGCAUCUGAAGAUGAGAAAGUAGGACUGAAGCAUCCUGGGCUGAUGUUGAAGUACUCCACCUAUAAAAACCUGGCCAGUCUUGCUGUGCUCAGAGAUGAUCUAGACACUGCCAUGGACUUCUAUGUAAAAGCUGUCAUGCUGGACUCCACAGAUGUGAAUAUGUGGUUUAAAAUGGGAAAGUUGGCCUUGAGGAAGGCCAGCAUGCCUUUGGCCCGCCAUGCCUUUGAGGUGGGCCUGCGCUGUAACCCGGAUCACUGGCCCUGCCUGGACAGUCUCAUCACAGUCCUCUACGCUCUCAGUGACUACAGCUGUUGUUUGUACUACAUCUGUAAGGCUCUGGAGAAGGACACAGGCUACAGUAAGGGGCGAGUGCUCAAAGAGAAGAUCUUUGAAGAGCAGCCCUGCCUCAGACGAGACUCUAUGAAGAUGUUCUCCAAACUUGAUGUGUCAGUGCAGUAUGUGGAUGUAGAUGAGGAUGAAGCCCACAGCAUUGUAGAGGAAGCACUGGAACUGAGGAGACAGAGACAGGCUAAACUCACACGGCACCCGGUAGCUGACCUGCAGCUGGUUCAGCCCAUCAAAUACUUCACGUGGAAGAGUGUGGGCGAGAGUUUCUUGGCCAUGUACAAACACCAGAACGCUUGCCUGGUCCCACGGCCUGACUUUGGCCGCCGAAUUGAUUUGUCAAUGUACCGUGACCCGGACUGCCUCCUGCAAAUGCCCACCAGCACUCCAGCGCCCGCUACUGUUGCUUCAGACCCUCCUCAGCCUCCCAUGAACGUCAGUGUACCUCAGGCCCCCCCUGCCCCUCCUCCUGGUCCCAGCAGCCCAAGCUCCAGUCUACCCCCAUCCACCGAGCUGCUUAUCCAGCCGCAGGCCGAGCCCAUCACUCCUGGAGGAGUACCGCAGAGCCAGAACAUCAUUGAGAUCAGCACAACCACAGUCACCACUACUGCUGCCAAUGGAGCUGAGGAUGCUGCCGUCACCAUGGUUACUACUGCUGCUCUGGACGCUGCCAUGAGUGAUAAAAUGAAAAAAGGCACCAAGAGAAAACGUGUGGUAGAGGACAACGUAGAGACGGCAAAGAGACGCUCUGCACGUGUCCGCAACACCAAAUGCAAGAAAGAAGAGAAGAUUGACUUCCAAGAGCUCCUGAUCAAAUUCCUCCCCUCUAGGCUGAAAAAGUUUGAAGAUGAUGAAGAUGAGGAGAGUCUCAGUAACAUGGACUCUCAUUGUGACGUCAAACCUGAUUCCCAGUUGAACCGAGGCUCCGGAUCCAACUCCUCUGAGUAUAUCAUCUCUAUGGAGUCAGAGCGCAAGGAUGUGCAUGCCUUCCUGCUGGCGAACAUGCAGAACGGCGGCAUCCUGGAGCUGAUGAUGCGGUUUCUGAAGGCGGUGGGGCGGAUGUUUCUGGAGGAGUGGCCAGCGGGCCUCGGUGGAGUGGUGCUGGAUCUCUUCACCUACUGGAGGAAACACAGCGCUGGGCUACCCAACCCACUGCUCAGAGAUUCCAGCAACCAGCACAUAAAGGAAAUGAUGCUGAUGAGCCUCUGCUGUCUGGAGCUGCAGUUGGAACAGAAGUCUAUGAUGAAGGGCAGGAACAUGUCUCAGAGGAAGAACAUGUCAGCUUCAGGAAGGGAUUGUGGGGACGUGGAUGGACCAGAGACCCGCUUUCAGUCGGAUAUAUUCCUCCUGACCAUGGCCUCGUCUCAGAGAGAUCUGUUUGGAGACGACUGGCUCUCUUUUGCCGUCAGAGUUCACUGGCUUAAAGCACGACACCUCGCCUUUCAGGGUGACAUGGAGGAGGCGCUGGAGUGUUACGACAUGUGUGUCGGUCUGCUUAAAUGUCAGACAAAUGAGAUGGAAAAGAUCACCAUCCUCCUGCCCAACCUCAGCAUGGACAAUGCCAUCUCUUUAGAGGAGAUUGAGAAGAAGUUGAAGUCUCUGGAGCGAUGUCAGUCUUUAGAGGAGAUCCAGAGACUGUUUGACACGGGAGACUACCAGUCUGUGGUGCGUUUACUGCAGCCCACACUGAGCUUUGGCCACGGCUCGGCGCGACUGAAGCCUCUAGAUUACAUCAGCUCUGCCCCUGAGAGACCAGCACAGCUGCUACUGCUGCAGAGUUCCCUGCUGCGACUGAAAGACUUCAGCACCUGCUUUGAGACAACUGAAGUGUCUCUCAAUGAGGCCAUGCAGCACUUAAACUCCACAUUACCCAGCAGCCCCUCUGCCAAGGAGGAGUGGGUUUCCACCAUCACGGCCCUGCUGAAGGGCAUCGAAAGCUGCAUCGCUGACAAGCCUGAGCUGCUGUGUCACAGCCCGCGCUCCACAAACCUGCCGCGCCUCGCCAACAACCUCAUACAGUUGAUAGCCAACAGCAUGGUCUUACCUGAUGACCCCAAAGAGGCUCAUUUCUCAUCACUGUUGCCAUGGAUUCUGCUGUACCACCUCAUCAAACAGGAGGAGGCAGCGUUUGACUGCAUGCUGCGGCAGCACAUCACAGACGAGGAUGACGAUGAGGAUGACACUCCACUGCUGCCCUCCUCCCUCAUGCUUCUGAACACAGCACAUGAAUGCCUGGGCCGUCGGUCCUGGUGCUGCAACUCUGAUGGCACUCUGCUCAAAUUUUUUGUGCGUGUACUGCGGGAGAAGCUCUCAGGACAGGAGAAUCUGCCAUAUAAAGAGGAUCUGGAGACGGCACUGGAGCAGUGUUUCUUCUGCCUGUACGCUUACCCCAGCAAGAAGAGCAAAGCCCGAUACCUGGAGGAGCAUUCUGCCCCACAGGUGGAGCUUCAUUGGAGUGAUGCCAUCUUUAUGUUUGAGUACUUUAAGCCCAAAACCUUGCCAGAGUUCGACAGCUAUAAGACCAGCACCGUCUCUGCUGACCUUGCCAACCUGCUUAAAAGGCUUUCUGGAAUAAUCCCACACAAUGAUGGCCCCACACUCUCUGUAGACGAUGUCUCUGCCUAUAUUGAGGGAGGUGCUGUCAAGGUGCCAGCACUUCCAGAAGGAGCUUCCCCGGCACCCCCUGUGGUUAACGAGCUGUACUACCUGCUGGCGGACUACCACUUCAAAAACAAAGAGCAGUCUAAAGCCAUCAAGUUCUACAUGCACGACAUCUGCAUGUGUCCCAACAGGUUUGACUCAUGGGCAGGCAUGGCUCUGGCACGCGCCAGUCGUAUCCAGGACAAGUUGAACUCUAAUGAGCUCAGGAGUGACGGACCCAUCUGGAAAAACUCUCUGGCUGUGCUGACCUGUUUCAAGCGGGCUCUGGAGAUAGACGGCUCCAACCUCUCCCUAUGGAUCGAGUAUGGAACCAUGUCCUAUGCCUUGCACUCCUUUGCUUCCAGACAGCUCAAACAGUGGAAACGCGAACUUCCCCUGGACUUGAUCAAACAGAUGGAAGAGCGCAGAGACUCGAUGUUGGAGACGGCGUCGCAGUGCUUUCAGAGCGCCUCUCGCUGUGACGGCGAUGAGGAGGAGUGGCUCAUUCACUACAUGCUGGGAAAGAUUGCAGAGAAGCGCAAAUUGCCACCCAAAGACUACCUGCAGCUGUUCAAAAAGGUGUGCUGUCAAUCUAUUGACUGCAAAUUCACCUUCAGGUCUGGCUCCUUUCUGUCUGCACACUACCUGCACGAGGAGGCAGCCCGAUACCCGCGCAAAAUCCACUACCACAACCCGCCUGACCUCGCCAUGGAGGCCUUAGAGCUGUUUUUCCGCCUGAGCGCCACAAUUCUGAAGUUGCUGGAAAAUGAGGAAGAUGAUGGUGAACAGUCUGAGCAGCAGAUGAAGCUCCUGGAUUACGAUCUGUUCUUCAGCAUGCUCGCCGAAGCUGCCGUCGGACCCUUUGCACGUGGAGAGGAGAAGACCACACCCAAAACCAGCAGCGACAAGGAAAAGCUUCCAUCCAUUAACGAUGAAGACUCACGCUCUUCGGUUGGCGUGAGUACCUGUCCGGCAGCAUUGACCACCUCAUCUGUCACAUCUGUGGUGGCUGCAGCAACUUCUUUGCCUGGCGACGGUGCGGCAGGUGCGAGUUCUCCCACGUACGCGGUCACUCCGGUCGACCACGAUUACGUCAAACGUAAAAGCGUGCAGCAGAGGCACAGGCGGGGGCAGGAGCUCCAGCAGCAGCAGCCGCAGCAGCAGCAGGACGCUGACUUCUCACAUGACCAUGACUACUGCGUGUGUCUCUCUGCUUUGCGGCCAGGAUCUGCGUAUGAGCAAAGUCAGGACAGUGUUGCUGGCAUGUCGGACUCCAGCUCCUUGCAGGAUGUCUUCAUGGACCCCACCAGCUCACAGGACAGCAGCCACAAGGUCGAUACUGGCAAGUGUAGUAUUUUUCCGGAAGAAUCAAAUGCCAUUGAAAAAGAGAAACGGGCCACAGUAGAGGACAAUCUAGGCACCUUGGAGGACAAGAACAUGGACAUCAGCUCUGCCACACUGUCUCAAGAAUCUUCUGUCACACAAGAGUCUUCAGACACCACCUUAUCCAUCACCUCCCCUGAGGCCUCCAUCCCGAAAACUCCUACCACAGACACCCCGACCCAGGCUCCAUCUCUGCCGCCGCACACGGCCCAACCUCACAAACCCCACUCCCAGACGGGCUCCUCCAGCGAGGGGAAGCGCAGACCAGAGCCGCCGCCUCCCCUGGAAGUGAUAGAGUUGCCCAAGUGUCUGCCGACGGGACGGGGAGAACAGAGGAAAACACUAGUGGACGUGUGUGUGAGGUCUCUCUUCCUGUGUCUGAGUCGCUUCCCACAGCAUUACAAGAGUCUGUACCGUCUGGCCCACCUGUACGCCUACAGCAAGACACACAAGAACCUGCAAUGGGCACGAGAUGUGUUGCUAGGGAGCAGUGUCCCAUGGCAACAGCUGAAGCACAUGCCGGCACAAGGACUUUUCUGCGAGAGGAAUAAGACCAAUCUGUUCAACUUGCUGUACAAGAAAAACAAACAAUCCUGUCCAGUUUUCUUUGGAUUCCUGAACAGUUCAUUCAUCAUCACACCUGGCAUCUGGCGUAUUCCAGUAGAUGAGAUCGAUCGUCCGGGUAGUUUUGCAUCUCAUAUGAACAGAUCCAUCGUGCUGUUGCUGGAUGUUCUGUCUCAACUGAAAGAUCACCACACGUUACUCAAAAUCUCCCUCAUGCUUCAGAGAACCCCCGACCAGGGAAAGAAGUACUUACGAGAUGUGGACCGACAACUUUUGGCCAAGCGAGCGUUUUUCUUCACUGUAAAAGUGCUGGAAGACAAUCUGGAUAAACUCACAGGGGUAAGUGAUCCCCCUAAACCGUCUACCGCCUCUAUGGGUGAAAUGACCACAGUGGAUGCGUCCAAUCGGCCUCCAGUUGCAGAGGACACCAAAUGCUCCCACACUAGCCAGCCUAAAGCAGGACUCCCCGAUACCCCUACGGUCACAGGAAGUGAGACUGGACCUCCUGGCAUGCCUCAACAACAUUCUGCCACACUUCAGCUCUCCCUGGAGCCUUUGACUCAGGUGACAGCGGUCACCGUUCACCCCAGAGAAGGAACUUCAGGACUUGGAGAGCCUAUGGAGCUUGGCUCGGGAUCAUGGCCCAGUGCCUCAAAAUUCAGAGACCCUCAAACGCCGGUUGACACUGGCCCACAAGAGCAGGUUAAAUCAGUAACGGAGGAGGCCGAUAAGGUCCCAGAGAGCAGUCGGGCGACGGAGCUGUCGCUGGAGGAGUUGAGCAUUAGCUCUAAACAGCAGCAGCUACAGAAUCAGGUGAACGCAGCUAAAGGAGCGCUAACUAUGGCCACAACACCAACGUCAAGCACACCUUUACCUAGCAGCCCUGAGCUGGCGCUACCGCAGAGACCCAACAGGAAGAGGAAACUGCUGGAUGACGUGGAGUCAGGCAAGACGCUGCUUCUGGAUGCGUACAGGGUGUGGCAGCAAGGUCAGAAGGGCAUGACCUACGACUUGCAGCGCAUCGAGAAGAUCAUGUCGGAGACCUACAUGCUGAUUAAACAGGUGGAUGAGGAUGUAGCGCUGGAUCAAGCUGUGAAGUUCUGCCAGAUUCAAAUGGCGACGUCGGCACAAAGACAGAACUCCAGUGAUGCGCCCACCACUCCCAAGUUUAGUAAAGACCAGCGAGACAUCUUCUUCCCAGCAUCAUUCUCCACGCCGUGCCUCCACACGCACACAUACUCAGCAUCAACGCAGGACGGGGAGGCCAAGCUGAGCAAGACCCCUCGGCCACUUCUCAUACAGCCACAGACACACAGCACUCCAACACAGAUCUACUGCCCGCCCUCCAGCCAACCCGACCAAUCGCAGCAGCGGAAGACGCCCAGCCAACCAAUAGCAAGCAUGGCCUUCUUGCCCCACACAGAGGACCGAGAGGAGGCCGCCUCUGAGGGUCUGCUGUACCGCCAGCACGAGUCGCACCUGUGUCAGCAGAUGAAGAUGGCCAGCGUCUCUCAGAUUCACAGCACACAGGAGUGGGCCGGUCAUGAGCCGCCGUCCUGCUCCACACACACCAGCACAGAAAGUGACCAGUCGAAGCAGGGUGAUGCCAGUCGCAUCCGGUCCAGGAUUCCACCCAACAUGCCCAAACUGGUGAUUCCCUCCACAGUCACUAAAUUCCCCCCAGAGAUCACAGUCACGCCCCCCACGCCCACCCUGCUCUCGCCGAAAGGUAGCAUCUCUGAGGAGACCAAACAGAAACUCAAGAAUGUGAUCCUGUCCUCUCAGUCGGCAGCUAACGUGAAGAAAGACACUCUCGCUCAGCCUGCUUUAGAGGUGCAAGAGACGUCGAGUCAGGAAUCCUCCCUGGAGAGCGAGUCCGAUGAGGAAGAUGACUACAUGGACAUUUGAUCCGUACAGCUUUGACCCGCACAGCUUUGACCCGCACUGCUGCAGAACUCGAGCUGAACUUUGAAGUGAAAUCUCCUUUUUUUUUAAUUGUGUAGCUGCAGCUAAUCGUUGACGGUUUCGUCUGCGUCCGUUUUUCUAUAGCGCGUGUUCUCCGCUGUAUGCACGUUUUUCAGCGAAAGGGCUUUUUCCUACCCUUGGCACUUGUGUCCUGUUGUUUUUGCUCCUCUGCUGCUAAGCAUGGACUGGGUUUUUCUGUUGUUUUUUCGUUGUGUACAAUCUUGCAAAGUGCCAUUUUUACUCCAGCAGUUACAAAAACCACGCUCACAGCUAACCGCAACCACCACCACGCUGGAUUCAUGGAAAAUCAGUAAAAAAUGUUCUACUUAAGGAUGGAUUGUGUAAUACUGGCAGUUUGUGUAAUGCAGUUUACUCUCUCAGAGUUUCUUGGGCAUUAAAUCCAUCACGACGUUGUUUACAGAUUUAACAGGAAGUACGUUUUGCUUGAUGUUUGCUCAGCUUAGCAGUGUAAAAUAAACAUGAUUCAUAUCACUACCAAGUUUUGGUGGCAUUGCUACCAAAACAUGGAAGAUCCCCUUGGGAUGUCAGCAUGCAAAAGUGAGAGUUUUUCCAGCCAUGUGGACACGCAUCUCUGUUUUUCUGCAUAUGUGUUUGUGCGUCUGCUAUUCCUUGUUUUUCAGAGCUGCCUGCACAUAUAGUGCGCACGGAGCAUCUCCGUUUGUCCGGUCGUCCGUGCUUCAGCUUUUUAAAGGAGAGUUCUACCAGUUCCUUCACAGCACCUCAAGAGUUCAAUUUAUAUAUUUAAUUAUUAUAGAUUACUGUAUUGGUAAUCUGUUGGUUGUAAAAAAUAUCAAGUAUAUUUUAAGACACCAAAAAUUCCAUUGCUGUUGUAUUAUAGUUAGUAUCUCACAUUUUUGACCUGAUUUCAUAGUUUUAUUACAUUUCCAUUUGAGGAUUGUAAACAACAGCAUGCCACCAGCACUGAGAAGAUGUGACGAUUAUUCAUAUCACGGUUCAAAUAUGAAUGUGAUCUAACUAGCUACAGAAGAAUAGAAUUACUUUUUUAUUUUUAUUUUUUUCAAGGAUUAUGCCGAAAAGUCUGGCAUCACAGCCAUUGUUUUUUCUUAAUGAGAUGAAAAUGCCUAAAAAUGGUGCUGAUCCCUUAUUUUUGGCUUUUCUUUGAAUGGUUAAAUGGAAAGUUCACACAAAAAGGACAGUCGUUUUCAUUUACCUCUCACCUGUAUGACUUUCUUUCUUCCGUGGAACACAAAAGGAGGAAUUUAGCAGAAUGUUCACGCUGCUCUUUUCCAUACAAUGAAAGUGAAUGGAGACAGAAUUACAAAAAGCACCUUAAAAAACAGUCCAUAUGACCAUAUUUUCACAUGGACUAUUUUUCAAGUAAUUGAAGUUCUACAGUUCUCAACUCUCACUGAUGUCUAAUAUGGUACGUCACACCAGGUUUUCAGUGAAUGAUUUUUCUGUUCCUCACACAAGACUAUCAGAUGGCUAUAGAAGACUUGAAAUCUAGUGCACAAGCCAUAUGGACUAUUUUAUGGUACGUUUUUUGUCAUUUUUGGAGCCUUUGACCAACAUUAACUUACACUGUAUGGUAAAGAACAGCGUGAACAUCCUGCCAAACAUCAUCUUUAGUCUUCUUUACGAGUUUAUAAUGACAUGAUGGUGAGAAAAUGAAGUACUUUUUGGGUGAACUGUCCCUUUAAUCAAGGAAAAGUGCCCUAAUGUUAGUUUUAUUUAGGUUCUCGACCUGUGGGAUUUAGUUUCAGAUUGAAGUAGCACUGCUUUAUCUCGGAGCAUUAAGAGCAUGUCAUUGUUUUCUCGUGCCGUGUCUGUAUGUAGACGGCGAUCAUGGCUGGCGCUGGUAGUGUUUCCAACCAGAUCUGUUUUUGGAAGUUUUUCCAGUUCUGAUAUAAAGUAAUUUAGACAGAGGAAUGUUUUUUACCGAACGUUUUCUACUUGUAGAUGGAUAAAUAGCUACCAGUAUUUUUUCGAGUGCAGAAUUUUUUCAAGACUUUGAAGGACUUUGAAAUGUUUCGAUGCAAUGAGCAUGUGUGACCAAACUACCUGUAAACAGAUGUUUCUAUUUUUUCCUCUUUGUAAAAUAAUAUUUUGUUUGUUGUUGUCUUUUGAAUGCUGUCUCUAUGCUUGUGUUAAGAAUGUAAGACGAGGUGGGUAAAUCCUCUGCUCUCUAGAGAUGGGAGCUUUUCUGUGGGGUAUUAUACUGUCCUCAGGCUUUUUUUCUGAGAAGACUGAUAUUUCUGACUUGCUGCAUUGAUGAUAUCACAAAACCAAAAAUACACUUACAACAUUUUUACCUGA